AAAUUUGUUUAGAUAAAUUAUGGAUUGCUGGAAGGGAGCUGUAAGCCACAGCUGGAUUUAUCCCACAGUGAUCAUCUGUGCAAAUGGAUUUUUCACCACAAUGAGGCCAUCAGAAUCUUUUCUCACCCCCUAUCUAACAGGGCCAGACAAAAACCUAACGACUGAAGAGGUUACCAACCAGAUUUUUCCAGUUUGGACAUACUCCUACCUGGCUCUCCUUUUCCCAGUGUUCCUGCUCACAGACUACGUGCGCUACAAGCCUGUCCUCCUCCUGCAGGGCAUCAGCCUCAUCGUCACCUGGCUCCUGCUGCUCUUUGCACAUGGCGUGCUGGCCAUGCAGCUGGUGGAAUUCUUCUAUGGCAUGGUCACAGCCACCGAGGUGGCCUAUUACGCCUACAUCUACAGCGUGGUCAGCACCCAACACUACCAGAGGGUCACCAGCUACUGCAGGAGUGCCACUCUGGUGGCAGCCACCGUGGCCGCUGUGCUGGGACAGCUGCUGGUGUCCUUAGCACACGUCUCCUACUUCUGCCUCAACGCCAUCAGCUUGGCUUCCGUGUCCCUGGCAUUCCUGUGCGCCUUCUUCCUGCCCAUGCCCCAGAGGAGCAUGUUCUUCCACAAGAAAGAUGCCCCUGAGCCUCUGCCAGGGCCUGGCAAAGGGCCCUGGAGCUGCCAAGAGGAAAGGAGCCCCGAUGCUGCUGCCAGGGCCCCGAGCCCCCAGCCCCAGGCUGGCAGGGCCAGGCCCCACAGGCACAUGCUCAGCGUGCUGCUGCAGCUGGGCCGGGACCUGAGGGAUUGCUACGGCUCCCGCAAGCUCCUCUGCUGGUCCCUGUGGUGGGCUCUGGCCACGGCCGGCUUCAACCAGGUGGUGAAUUAUGUGCAGGUGCUGUGGGACUUCCGAGCCCCCUCGCACAGCUCCGCGGUGUACAACGGAGCUGUCGAAGCAAUAGCAACUUUUUUGGGUUCAGCAACAUCCAUGGCAGUUGGAUAUGUCAAAGUAAACUGGGAUCUCUCUGGAGAAUUGGCUUUGGGAAUUUUCUCUGCACUGGAUGCUGGUUCUCUGCUUCUUAUGCACUUCACUGACAACAUCUGGGCAUGUUAUGCUGGUUACCUUGCAUUUAAAGCCUGCUAUAUGCUCCUUAUAACAAUAGCAACGUUUCAGAUUGCUGUCAACCUCAGCAUGGAGCGUUAUGCUUUGAUGUUUGGCUUCAACAACUUUGUUGCGCUGGUGAUUCAGACAAUUUUAACUGUUGUUGUAGUAGAUUCAAGAGGUCUGGGAUUGGAUAUCAGCACUCAGUUUCUCAUUUAUGGCAGCUACUUCAUAGUCAUAACUGGAAUUUUCCUGAUCAGAAGCAUAUACACCAUAAUUUCCAUUAAAUGCAAAAAUACAAGUGUGGCUGCUGAAAGCACUGCCCUUUAAAAACUGAGACAAAAGCAAUCAUUACAAGCAACAAUGCAGAAGGCUCCAUCAUCUGGACAACAAAUCAGGAGAAAUAUAAUGUUCAAUCAAGCAAAACUGGUCCAGGUUGAAGCAAGCUGUUUAUGAGCCUACUGCACAGAGAGCUUUGUCAACAGGAUGACGCAUUUGGUCCAUUUUCUUCACCAGGAGUUUAAUACAAACAUUCCUCAGUCUUCUAAUUCAAGUCUAGUGAUCUGACAUACAAACUUCUAUUAAGGCUCAGUGAGCACAAGGACAUACAAAUGCCUCAACCUCACACCAGAGGUGGUAUGAACCUCACAGAACAACCUUCUACUGAGUAUUUCCAUCAAAUGCAGAAAUUUAAGGCAAUUUAUUUACUGACAGAAGACCAUCAGACAUGCCCAGAGAAUCUAAAGCAGUUGAACUGUACAAUGACCUGUCAGAAAAUUUGUCGCAGAGGCCUUUGGAAAUCUUAAGACUUUUGCAACUGCACAUCACAUCUGUCUUACAGAACUCAAGACUUUCCUGCAAGUGUAGCAUCUUCUUACACUUGUAACAGCUGAUGUUUAGGAUUGAAGUCUAAUCUAGGAGGUCUCCAUAUUAAUUUCUGUAUAAGGGGCCUAAAGUUAUCAAGUGAAGUGCUCUGAUGCUAAAGCAUAAAAAUACAGCUUUUAGGCAACUACGCUAUUUGUGAGAACAAUUGAGGGAACAACUGUAGAGACUUCAUGAUAAAAACAUUUCAAAUUUGGGUGAAAAAUUAAUUUUGUAAAUAAAGCUAUUUUGAAACCUAA